UUGCCUGUUGAAUCAAAGGAACCACGUAUGCUCAUGGUUUUCUGCAAAUCUCACUCACUCUUGCGAGCUCAAAAUAAAACAGAGUCUUCAAAGUCUCGUCUUCUUCCAAAUAGAGAGAGAGAGAGAGUAAUGGCCAAGAUUGAUCGAAUUGGGGUGCUAGUACUUUCUGCUUUGAUUGUAUUCACAUGGGUUCCGAUUUAUCAAUGUGCUAAGAAACCAGUUGGGGCUGCGAGGAAAGAGGACAUACCCUAUAUAAAGUGUCAGGUCUGCGAAAAGCUCGCUCAUCAAUUGUAUCAACAAGUCCAAGAUAAACAAGCCCAGAUCUCGCCAAAGAAGAUAUCAGAGUAUGAAAUCAUCGAAAUAUCAGAGAAUGUGUGUAAUUUAAAGAAGCAGGAAGCAGAUUGGGUUCUUAAAAUUGAUAUAGUGGAACAAGGAGAUAAAUUGGAGCUUGUUGAACAUGAAUCUGAAGGACAAUGCAAUUCAAAAUGCAAAACAAUUGAGCGCGCUUGUCAAGAGGUCAUGGGUUACUCUGAUACUGAUGUCGCUGAAUAUUUAUACAAAAAUAAGCCACAGAUUGAGUCGUUGACGCAUUUGCUUUGCAAUAAGCUUAGUAAAGCAUGCACUACCAAGCCACCACCAGUUCCUAAGGAUCGAACUCCAGGAGAACCCUUUGUACCGAAAUCAUCAAAAGAGGCUGAAAUGGAAAAGUUAAUGAAAUCCAUGGAGGGAAUGCCAGGAGCGCCCGGAAUGAAAAUGUAUUCAAGGGAAGAUUUGAUGAACAACAUGGGUAACUUCGGUAAUGAAGAUGCAGAUGAAGAAGAUGACGAUGAUGAGGCAGAUUUCCCCUCAAAAUUGGGGAAUGUGCUGAAAGAGCGAGAGAGAGCGAGAUCAAAGAGCGAUUGGAAACAAAUAAUCACAAAGAAAGUUGUGGACACUGGAGAAGCGCUGAAGAAACAUGCAAACAAGGUCACUGAUCGGAUACAGAAAUGGUGGAAGGGGAAAAAGGCAAGUAUGAAGAAGAAGAAUUCGAAGUCCAGCAAACCAGAGCUUUAGAGUUGACACUUUUGUAAGAAGAGAGAGGACAAUUUUAGUUUCUCAUAGGAUAACUUAGUUUCUACGAGGCAUUACAAGGCACGCACCAAAAAACCUCACACUUGAAUAUCCAUAUCAAAAUGAUAUGAAACCAAAUCGGAUUUUCUGGUUCCCUGGUGGCCGGUGGGUGUUUAAUCAGCUCUGGGAAAUUUUGUCAACCAAGUCUUUUGUUCUGUCUUUCUCAGAUGAAUUUGGACUGUUAUCACUGAUGUUAUUUUCGCUUAUAAUGGAUUGGAUCUUCCUCUAAGUAACACAAAGAAAUGUCACUUUUGCCUGAGUUUAUUUUACAAGAAAGUGAAGGGGAAGGAUAAAAAAGUCCUUGUUUUGUGCAUGUUUUUUAAGUUAUACUAACAUAAAACCCGUGCUAUCAGGCUAUAGAGAUUCCAAGUAUACCCGGUUAUGUACAACCUAAUGAAAUUUGCAACCCAGAAGCAAACACCACAUUCAGCUGGAUCUUAUUGUAGGACACCUCCUUGAUGCAGAAUCAAAUUCCAAGUUUACAGAUGCAUCAGCCGUCGGGCGAUUUUUCCCAGUCUCAAAAAAAAAAAAAAGAGUUUACAGAUGCAUCUAAAAUCGAUGUGACAACCUUUGGGAUCUAACGCUAAAUACCCCUAUUUGUGAAGUUGUUUUGAAUUUCACCAUAAACAUUUUACAUGCUUUUCAUCUAUCCAAACACGAAAAAACAUAAUUAAAUAUAGCAAACCUCAAUGAGUUGGCCUGAUGUUUUAGACCUGAGACUUAGAAAUUUGCUCCCGCCUGAGAUCUCAGGUUUAUUCUUCUUGUUAGCAACUUUUGGGGUUACCUCACUUAUAAGCGUGUGGAAAGACUGUGGGAGGAGCUGUAACAAUCGGUCUGUGGUGCACGCAAGCUAGCCCGAGACAACCUGGACUAUAAAAAAAAUAAAAAUUUAAAUAUAGCAGGCCACAGUACAUAAGACAUACGUACAACACCUCAAAGAGAUGAGACGUUGUUAGUCCCUCCACGGUUAAUUUGACAGGGUUUGCCAAUGUUAUUAAACUUAAAAGUAUAGGGUUUACACUGAUAAAUAAAAACAUACAAGGCUUAGUUUGUGUCACGGAUAAAACGUUAAGGGUAUUUAUGCAAUUUUCUGAAGACUAUAGAGGGGAAUAUAUAUUUAUCUGCCUCUAACUCUGCCCUAAAACUCUAAUCGAUCAACCAACCCAAAAUCUCAAAUCGAACAAAGCCCGGCUACACCAUAAGAUCAGAUUGGGGCAGUGAUGGCGGCAAGAUUGCAGCAAUUACAGUCCAAGGCAUGUCAAGCGUCGCAGUUUGUGGGGAAGCAUGGAUCUACGUACUACAAACAGUUGCUGGAGCAGAACAAACAGUACAUUCAGGAGCCACCUACCGUGGAGAAAUGCAACCUGUUGUCUAAGCAGUUGUUCUACACUCGACUCGCUAGGUAAUUCCUUUUGUACUUCAAGUUAAGAGUCUUUUCCUUUCUUGGUUGUUUGUUGAGAGUUGAGGGGGUGUAAACCUACCCAGAUAUUUUAGGCGCUUAGAGAGUUGUAUAGGCUCUAUUUAUUGUCCGGUCUCUUUUCGGUAUUGUCAGAUUUUGGGCCAUUUUUUUUGUUUCUCUUUGAUUUGUACAGGAAUGGCGACCCUUUGAUGCCUUUCAAAAAAUAUUUUUACUUGUUAAAAAAAUUGAGGAUAUAUGUUCUUAGUUCUUGCAGAGUUGGUUUGUUGGACUUGUUUGCUGUUUGAGUUUUCUAUUUUUCAAGAAACUUAAAAAGAUAGGUUGUAUUUUAGGCAGGAAGGUAGGAGGUAUUGAUGUUUGGAUGUCAAAUGUCACAUUUAGCUGCCUGAUUGAUCGAAAAGCUUUGCGUUAUGUUACUUGUGUCCAUUUAAAUGCCUUUCCUUGUAAUUCUAAGUUAUUAUCGCUAGCUUUGUUGGCAUUCUCUAAAAGCAUUACUUAUGUUCCCGCUCAUCGUAGAAGUCCCACAAGGGUUGUAUCUGGUCCUUGAAAGAUUACAUUGUGGUUGAAGAAUUGUGAAGGUGGGAGAGGCCUAGGUGAUUGGCUCUUGCCUAAAACCAAUGGUACAGAGAGAGUUUGUUAAUUAGUAUCUUUAAUUCUUGAUCAUUAGGCAUUAGCUAUUGCUUAAUUCUAUAUCUGGAGAGCAAACACGUCAAGAGUGUUUUUGAGCUGGUUGCAUCUGGCAAAAAGUUGAGUUGAUUUGACCUUAUGACCUGUAACAACUUGUUUCUCAGGUUUGGCUACUAGAUGUUUAUGGUUUUCUAGCGCUAGGGAUCGCUGAUGUGUCUGAUACUUGAGCAUGCAAUUUAACUUUAUUUGUGUAAAUAAAAUUCAAGAGGUUCGACUCCUUGAUGCUUAGCACUACUCUAGGCCUGGACGUGGUUGCUUCUAUUAAAUAUAUGCAUGGAUUUUGCUGAGGUUUCCAUAAGCUAUAGAAAUUGUCGAUUGUUGGGUCUACCUUUGGGGAUUGGGUUUUCUAAGGUUAUUUGAGGGAGGGGCAUACUUGAGGGUGGGAUGCUGCUUCAUGUUGAGAUUUGUAUUUAAUACUGGGUGAAUUUUAGGUAUCUAGAAACAGAAGGGGUAUGAAGUAUGCUGCUUACCCUAGAGUGUAAUAUUUUGAGCGGAGAUUUAUGUACUUCAGAUGCGAUGACUUAGUUAGGAUAUAGAAAGUCAUAAGAUAGUUUGGUGUAAGUAAGAAUUAUAUGACAUGUGAUCUUUUAAUUUUGGCCAAGUAAUCCCUGCGGGUGGAUGGACGAGAACAGAGGAAAGGAUUGGAAUUCAUUGAAAAUCAAAGGUAGAUUUGAAAACAAAAAUAAAAAGUUAGGAACAAAGCGCACAAGAAUUGUUUCUAGCUGCAUUUCACGAAAAAGAAACUGAUAGCUGGGAAUCGUUCAAUUGCUUUUAAUAUCAUUUCCUUUCUAUUCUUUGAGCCGAAAAUUAUGUUACCUGUAAGAACUCUAGUAACUUUCCCCCAUCACAAUACUUUGCACUACAAUUGAAUGCCUGUACAUUUUACGUCUGAAAGUUAAUCUUCUCAUGCAAUGAAUGGUGUGCCUUUGCCAUGCUUGCAUGUGUGUUGCUCCUUAAUCCACUAUAUAUCUCUAACUUGGUUACUCCUAACAGUAUUCCUGGUCGAACGGAGACAUUCUGGAAGGAACUUGAUUUCGUCAAGAAUGCAUGGAAGAACAGGAAAGAUCUGAAGGUUGAGGAUGCUGGCAUUGCUGCUCUGUUUGGGCUGGAGUGCUUUGCAUGGUUUUGCGCUGGUGAGAUUGUUGGAAGGGGAUUUACAUUCACUGGUUACUAUCCAUGAGAAGAACCACCACAUGGGCAGAAGUGCUGGGGAGAUCGAUAUUUCAUAUUUGUAUGGUUUCUUUCAAACAUUUAGGGUGAUUUAAAUCACUGGUUCUCUACAUGAAAGAUUGAGUUUUCCCGAUUUUUUGAAAGUUGAGGAAUCAAUACUAAGGUCGGUCUGGUCAAUAAUCCUCAAAAUCGGAAAUGAGUGAACUGUGUAGUCAUUCUAUCUUGAAGCUACUGCUACUUGUGAUUGUCAGAGUUCUGAUCCAGGUUUCUAUCUGCUUUUACACAAUCUUUUGCUUAUUCUCUAAA